UUAAAGGAAAAAAGAAAAUAAAGAAAAAAAAAAUGUUGCGUUCGAUUGGCCGUCAAACUGCUUACUUAAUUGGUCAUACAAAAAGUCGGCCAAUAACAAAUUGGUCCACAUUUGUGUGUACAACGUUCAGCGGCGGUGAGCGUAAAUUCGGGCCCGCAGAUCAGCAAUCGUGUCGUCACUGCGCCACCAGCCAUAAGGUGGGGCAAUUCGAAAGUGCUACAACAAAUGAAAUUUCACAUAGAAAAAAGAAAAGCCACACAAUCAACAGCAAUAAUGAGACUGAUGAAGAGGCAACUCUGCUAGAACAACAACUGGCACAGAUCGAUGAAGAGGUAGCACGUUUGCUAGCUUUGAAGGCGAAGCUUGGUGAUGGCCCUGCAACGCCACAGAAGUUUACGCUGAAGACGCCAAAAGGUACACGCGAUUAUUCACCACAGCAGAUGAUGUUGCGGCAAGGUGUGUUGGAUAAGAUUGUGGAGGUUUUUAAGAAGCAUGGCGGUGAAGCUAUCGAUACGCCUGUAUUUGAGUUGAAGGAGGUGCUCACCGGCAAGUAUGGUGAGGAUUCCAAACUCAUUUACGAUCUCAAAGAUCAAGGUGGUGAAAUUUUGUCGCUACGCUAUGAUUUGACCGUGCCCCUCGCACGUUAUCUAGCCAUGAGCAAGAUUUCUUCGCUAAAACGCUACCAUAUCGCCAAAGUGUAUCGGCGUGAUAAUCCCGCUAUGACACGCGGUCGUUAUCGUGAAUUCUAUCAAUGCGAUUUUGAUAUUGCCGGCACCUUUGAUCCCAUGCUGCCCGAUGCGGAGUGCGUGAAAAUUGUCUCUGAAGUGUUGGAUACCUUGGAUAUUGGCGAAUAUGUGAUUAAAAUCAAUCAUCGGCAAUUAUUGGAUGGCAUGUUCGAGGCGUGUGGUGUACCUGCCGAUAAGUUCCGUACGAUUUGCUCUGCCGUAGAUAAGUUGGAUAAGACUCCUUGGGCUGAAGUGCGUAAGGAAAUGAUUGAUGAGAAGGGCCUGGAUGCUGCCGCUGCUGAUAAAAUUGGUGAAUAUGUGCAACUGAGUGGUGGCAUUGAACUUGUCGCCCAACUGCUGGCUGAUGAAAAGCUCAAAGCUGUGUCCAGCGCCGUAAAAGGCUUGGAAAGCAUGCAACUGCUGCUUAAGUACUGCGAUGCAAUGGGUUUGUCGCCAAAGAUUAGCUUCGAUUUGAGUCUGGCACGCGGUCUGGACUACUAUACCGGUGUGAUUUAUGAAUGUGUGCUAAAAGCCGAGCCGAAGAUUGUGCAGAAUGGUGCUGCAGAGGCUGCGGAGGAGCAGGGCGCUGUCGGUUCGGUGGCUGGUGGUGGUCGCUAUGACAACCUUGUCGGCAUGUUCGAUCCCAAGGGCAAGCAGGUGCCAUGCGUUGGCGUCUCAAUCGGUGUGGAACGUAUUUUUUCGGUAUUGGAAGCUAAGAAUGCUGCAGCUGGCGUAAAAACGCGCACCAACGAGGUGCAAGUGUAUGUCGCAUCGGCUCAUAAAGGUUUGCACGAGAAGCGUUUGAGCAUUUUAAAUAGCCUGUGGGACCAAGGCAUUAAGGCUGAACAUUCUUAUAAACUGAAUCCGAAGUUGUUAGUGCAGUUGCAAUACUGCGAGGAAAAUCAAAUACCCUUCGCAGUGGUGUUUGGUGAUUCGGAAUUGUCCAAAGGCGUUGUGAAGUUACGUGAGGUUACUACACGCAAGGAGGAGGAAGUACCACUGGCCGAACUGGGAAAUGAGAUCAAGAAACGUUUGAACAAUUAAAUUGCUUGGAGCUACUAGCGUGAUUACUAUAAGCAGGCUUACAAUAGAUUGAAUUAUUUAUUUAUCACAAAGUAUAAUUACAAGUAAAUUAGAAAUGAAGCGAUAUAAACGGUUAAAAUAAACAUUAAAUGAAUUCAUAAAUAAAAAAAACGCAUUUACUGGGCUAUAAUGAAAA